AUGGCUUCCUUCCACCAUGUACUCAUUACUUUGUUCGUGCUGAUGGCGUUAGUGCGAGCGGAUAAUGGUACUUUUUUCAAUCCAAUACUCCCUGGAUGGAACUCUGACCCUUCUUGUGUGCAUGUCGAUGGCACUUUCUACUGCGUUACAUCAACAUUCAUAUCUUUCCCCGGGAUGCCCGUAUACGCUUCUACUGAUCUUAUCCACUGGAGGAUGAUCAGUCAUGUUUGGAACCGAGAAAGCCAGAUGCCUGGUGCAAGCCAGGCUACUAAAUCGCAGCAAGGCGGCUUUUUUGCAGCGACAAUUCGACAUCAUGAUGAUAAGUUUUGGGUAGCAUGCGAGUACUUGGGCCUAGAAGGAGGCAUGUUGGGAACCAUUUUCACAUCAACAGACCCCUUUGAUGAGUCUACUUGGAGUGAUCCCUUUACAUUCCUGACUCAGGCUGGGGAUCUAGACCUUUUCUGGGAUGAUGGAACCUUAUAUAUCCCAGGGGGUGGUACUGGUGCAUUUCUACAAAAAGUGGACUUGGAAGCCGGCAAAGUCAUCAGCAACACCCCCCUCUGGCCUGGAACAGGCGGCGUAUGGCCUGAGGGCCCUCACCUGUAUCGGAAGGACGGCUGGUACUACCUCACUCUGGCGGAGGGUGGCACGGAACUGGGCCACUAUCAGGUUAUGGCUCGAUCGAAGAACCUUACUGGACCGUACGAGGAACACCCAAACAACCCUAUCCUCACGAACCGCGGUACAGACGAAUAUUUCCAUACUGUCGGCCACAUGGAUCUGUUUCAAGACCAGGGCGGCAAUUGGUGGGGUACUGCCUUGGCAACCCGUUCAGGGCCUGAGUGGCAUAUUUACCCAAUGGGCCGCGAGACGGUUCUUUUCCCUGUCAGCUGGCCUGAGAAUGAGUGGCCCACGGUUGAACAGGUUAGAGGCAAGAUGAACUGCUCUAAUCUACCAGCAGUCAACACAAACCCUCCAGGAGAGGGUCCAAUCGUGUCUGCCCCUGACGCUUACGAUUUCCCUCCAAGCAGUGCCAUUCCCCGCAACUUGAUUCAUUGGCGCAUACCUUUCGACGGGGCUUUUUCAAUUGGUCCACAAGGAGGUUUAAAGAUAAAACCGAGCGCGGCUAACCUUACUGGCGAUGGUGGAGACAUGGAUGGCCGCUCUGGCUUGUCGUUUAUUGCACGCCGUCAGACCGACACUCUCUUUGACUUUGAGGUUGAUAUCCAACACAUUCCACAGCACAUUGGCGAAGAGUCUGGCGUAACAAUAUUUCUGACACAAAAUAACCACGUCGAUCUCGGCAUGGUGCUCCUUCCGAGCGAAAAUGAUGGAGCAGAGCCAGAGCGUGUAAUUCGGUUCAGAGCCAUCGGUGAAGAAGCACCAUCAGACAUGAUUCUACCCGUUCCAACGUCUUGGGAUCAGGGUACCAUUCGCUUUCGUGUUUCAACCGUCAACUCCACUCACUAUAUUCUCGGGGCUUCAUCCAUUCAAGCGAUUGAUAACGAAAUUACUUCGGAUUUUGUAUCGGCGAGAGUGGUCAGCGGUCAGAGCGGGCCUUUCACCGGCACGCUUAUAGGUGUCUAUACGAGCUAUAAUGGCUUUGCAUAUGGAGAUUCUGAAAGUGAGGCUAUUGUCACUCGAUGGAGAUAUACCGGUAAAGGACAGUUUCGCACAUCUCAGGGCUAG